AAGGGUAAAUAUGAGACUGAUAUAUUCUUCAUUAUUACUCUUCUUUCCUUGAAUAGACUUAUGGUAAAGGUGUUGGUUUGACUUUGGCCUUAACCAGUGAUUCAAGAAACAGUAUCAAUACAUUUACUGUACAAACAUGUCAUUGCCACGUGGACAAACUUCACUUUCGAAUUCAUGAUAGUCGACACAAUAUGCUUUACAAAACGGUUCAUCCUAUGGUUACUACUAUUGUCAAACAUCAACUUGGAAAAAUCAUAGCUACCAAGAUCAGAGAAGGAUUGGAAACUGGGGAUCGAUGGCUUACAUGUCAACUCAAACAAUAUGGUAUACCUAUUACGGCUUCGGAACAAGCAAAUAUUGCACAAGCUGGAGCUGUUACGGAUGAAACUGCUACCAAACGUCAACGACCUGGCAUGUUCGCAUCUCUUGUCACAUUGAUCAACAACAAGAUGAAAAUCAAUAAGUAUCGCACUGGCUAUGCCAAAUACGAAAGCGCUUUCAACGCUUCUCAACGACAAAAAGCAACUGGUAUCGUACGUGACAUCCCUCAACAGAAUAUGACCAGCAGUACAGUUACCAAAGACGGCAAUGCUCCAAUCAUGACGGAAGCAGCUAUGGGUGAUUCAACGACUUCGACCAAGGAUGAUCUUCGUGAUGAACGACAAAAAAGUGUACCUGUUAUGAGCCAAAAGGAUGUAGAUACGACUGAUGCUUCCAAGAAUACGCGAGAAUCACAAAGUGCACCAGAUAGGAUGGAUACAGCAAUCAACAAGAAUUUCCAAGGUGAUGCAAUGAAAUCUUCCAAAGAACAAGGAAUCCCUACUACUGUACCUGGUGACGAUCUUCAACAUAGUUCUGCAAUGAAAGAUAAUAUUGGUCAAGAUAUAUUCGAAGGAAAUAUUCAACCUAGUGAAGCUAUGAAAAGUCAACUUGGCCAAUAACCUCAGUUAACCUUUUUAUUUUUUAUUUUCUUAUUUUCUGGUGUUUUAGCUAGUUAUUUAUUUUUUUAGUUUAGUCCUAUCAGUGUUAUCUUUUUUUUUUUUGUUUGUGAA